AUGCGCGCCACCGAGCACGCGCCGCGCGGUCCGUUCCGUGUCCUCGAGCGUCGUCACGGCCUCGCGGAGAUCCUCGAGCGUGGCGUCGGUCGCAAGAAAGUGGUGCUCGUCGAGCCGGGGCACGUCGAGGAGCUUGGAAGAUUUCCGAACGGCCACCCGCUCGCGGGGAGCGCGCGAGCCGACGUGGACCUCGACGUGCUCGACGAUCUCGAGAUUUUUGAGACGGUGAUCGCGCCGGGCGACGUCCUCUACCUGCCGGCGAACUGGUGGCACCAGUUCGAGCAGCCGUUCGAGGACACGGGCGCCCUCAACUUCUGGACGCCUCCUAGGGACACCGAGGACCCGCGGCUCCAGCUCCGUCUCUUGUGGGACGGGCUCGAAAGGGAACUGGUGAACUUGUUCGGAAACCGCGCCGGAUUCAUGCACGAGCGCAUGGCGACGGGCGAGGUCGAGCAGGACGCGCGGGCCGGCAUAGGGACGAUGGACGCGCGGCAGGCGUGGGGCGCGCUCGUCGCGCACGCGACCAAGUGGAAGGAGUGGUCCGACGGCUCGGACGAACGCUACGAGGAGGCGCUCGUCGCCGUCUACCUCACGGCCGGGCGAGGGCUCAUCCCGCGCCGCGGCGACUGGCUGCCGGGGACGGCGUGGGACAUGUCGGACCUGGCGCCGCUCUCCGUGGCGGAGCGGUGCGAGCCCGCGCCGGAGGACGCGACGUUCACGCACGUUUGUGGGUAACAUGUCUCGUCCUUCACAUCCUAGUGUGUUACAGGACGCUAGCUCGCAUUUUGCGGCUGAACUUGCG